AUUAUUAAACUUGAAUCUUUAAAAAAAGAACAUGAAGAAAAGAUUGCUGAAUUGGCUAAUAAAAAUGAAUCUCUUCUCUCGGAAAAUGCAUUAUGUAUUCGAACGAUAGAAGAUGCUACCCGUCGUUAUGAUGAGUUGAACAAUAAACAUAUACAAUUUACUCAGGAAAAUCUUGAAAUGUCAAGUGAUCUUCUUGAAUUUCGUAAGAAGAUAGAAGAAUUGGAACACAAGAAUCUUUAUUUAGAAAAAGAUAAAAGUACAUUUUCUAACGAAGUAGGUAAUGUAUCUCAGGAAAAAGAACGAAUAAUAGCAGAACUAAAUGCUGCAAAGGAUGAAAAACAACAAUUACACGAAGAAGGAUUAUCAUUAAAAAGUGAAUUAGAGGAAUUAAAGGGUGAGCGGGAUAAAUUAGCUGGUGUUAUUAAUAUUAUGAAGGAAGAAUGGGAAAAGGAAUAUCAAAAGCUUAAAUCGGAAAAAGAACAAGCUGAGAUUGAAAGGGAAAACCAAUAUCAACAACUUAAGUCUGAACUUGAUCGUAUAAAAGGAAGUUCAAAUGAAGAAACACAAAAUGAAUUUAAUCAACUGAAACGUGAGACGAAAGAAAUUAACGAAAAACUCAAGACCGUACUGAAUGAGAAGAACGUUUUAGCAAAAAUUUGCGAAGAGCAUGAAGACAGCAUGCAGGCGCUCGAAAAAAAAUCUGCUAGCGAACGUGAAACUUGGAAACAGAAAGAGAUAGUACUACUUAAAAAAGAAACUGAAAUAAAGGAAUUACAUCAAAAAUUACUGGAACUUAGUAAAGCAAAGUCUUUAACGGACAAUAAGGUCAUUACAUUAGAAGACGAAAAGAAGCGUAUUGAAGCUGAACUGAACAAAAAAUUAGAUGAAAAUUCAAGGUUAUUAGAUCAAUUAUUUAAUGUGGGAAGUUCUUCACGUUCUAAUGGGGGAGAUGGCACCAGCUAUGAAGCUCUCAAAAUGAGAUUAGAUGAUGUCGAAAUUGAAUCAAGUAUGAAAGACUCUCAAAUAUGCGAACUAGAAAUCACCAAACAGAAGCUGCAAACACGCAUUGAAGGUCUUGAAGCAUCAACUGCUCGUUUAACUGCCAAGUUACAAGAAGCUAGUGCUGAUUCCAAUCGGAUAAGAAAUCAAUUAACUAAUUCGCACAUUGAAAUUGAAGAACUUCACACCCAUAUUACUAAACUUAAAGAGCAACUUAUUGGGAAAACACAUUCGGCCGGUACGCACCAACCAAACAUAAACAAUGAUGAUUCACGUAAGUUGGCCGAUGCUGAACAAACAAUCAAGUCAUUAAAAGAAGAACUUGAACAAUAUAAAAUUUCACAAGUUGACCUUGAACAGAAACUUUUAUCACUCAACAAAAAAUUACAAGCAGCUGAUGAUGAACUACAUGCAAAUGUACGAACAUUUGAGCAAUUAAUUGCACAAGCAGAAAAAACCUUUCGAGGUAAGAUUGAAAAAAUGCAAAGAGAACACACUCAAGAUAAAGAAAAAAUGCAGAGAGAACAUCAGAACACUAUUGGCAUGUUUAAUAAACAAAAAGAGGAAGAAAUUGCCCAAAUUAGCAAAACAAUGCAGAUGCGUGUGGAAGCUCUUGAGAAACGUCAUAGGGAUAUGGCAGCCGCUGAAUUUAGUGAGAACAAUGGUUCUAAUUCGAAGAGAGUUUUAAUAUUGGAACAAGAAAAAUCUCAAUUGGAAAAUUCAUUAAAAUCAACUCAAUCAGAGUGUGUACGGUUAAAUGACACACUUAAACAAUUACAAAUGGGAUAUUUAGAUGCAGUUAAUGAUAAAGAUCUGCUGACAAAUGCAAAGCGUGAAGUUGAAAAGAAGAUUAAGGCCAUGGAGAUUGAGUUACAAGAGGUAAAUACUUUGUGUUUUCUUGAACCACCUCUUAUUAUAAUUCUAAAACUUGACAAUUUUUAG